AUGAUUUACGAACGCCGUAGCGAAAGGAAGUCAGUCAUCGAUCAACGGCCACUGCGCGGGCGAGGUAGCACGCUUACCGAUUUUACAUUUCGUUCCUCAUGCGGCACAGUCAAGCAACUACGCGCAAAAAUGGUAGUCGGUUCCGGCCACUUCCGGCCGCCCUCGCCGCCUCCUCCUGCCAUCGGUGCGAACCAUGCCGUCGUGCGAACGUGCACACAUGAGGUCGUAGUCAUAAUCGAGUUCGUUCGUCAGAGGCUGAGAAUGAGGCUGCUGACAACGCCUGACGACGGUGUAGACGCGCGUGCACUGCUAAACGACGUGGACAUAAUCGCCGGCCUUCAUUUCGGACAACAGCCACGCUGGUCACCGUCGGAGGAUUGCGAACACUGA